AUGAUUUUGCACUCUGAACCACUCUCCUCCACCAACAACAACACAACAAGGAGACCAAUUCACCAACCAUGCACUCUCCUCCUCAGCAGCCUCACCGGAACGGCGAGACGACGCCGUACCCGAUCCCCAACCAUCCCUUCCACUCCACCGUGUCGCUACGGAAGCUCAGGCGCUUCAACUACCUCAUCCUUGUCUUCCGAAUCGCCUCCUUCAGCUUCUCUCUCGCUUCCUUCAUCUUCAUGCUCUCCACUUCUCGCGGCCCCAACUCCCCUCGCUGGUACCACUUCGACGCCUUCAGUAGCCAAACAGGCAGACAUUUUACCGGAAAAUUUAUUGGGAAAACCUGGACAGAUUGGUAGUGGGAGCGAAUGCAAUAGUGGCGCUCUACUCUCUCUUCGAAAUGGUGGCUUCGGUUUGGGAAAUCUCCAGAGGAGCCACUCUCUUCAGCGAGGUCUUACAGGUGUUCGCGUACUUGUUGCUGUCUGCGGAUUCGGCGGGAACGGCGUUGGCGAGGGUUUUGAAAGGGAGGGACACGUGUACGGCUUGGAACGCGUUCUGCAUACAGGCGGACGUGGCCAUCGCCCUGGGCUUUGUCGGGUUUCUGUUCCUGGGCUUUUCGUCUCUGCUCUCGGGUUUCCGGGUCGCCUGCUUCAUUAUCAAGGGCUCUCGUUUUCAUCUUUAGAGAGAGAGCGAGUACAGCUGAGGGAAUAUUUGGGUGCCUCGAGGUGUAGAGUUCUUACUGUGUGA